GCGCCAAGAUGGCGAAAAACAAAAAGGCACAAAAAACUUAUAACCUGUCCCUUUAUAAAGGUUAAUCGCAGAAAUUAUUAUCGUAAAUACACAUAAGAAUUAAAAAUAUUGAUACGUUGUGUUGCACGAUUUUGUAAUUAUAGAUAGAUUUUACGAAAGCCACGAUUGUGGUUACUAGUUCAACAAGAAACACGCAGCAAUCAUAAUAGCUAUCACAUCGCAUUGUAACUGACGUGUGGUGUUUAUUUACCGGUAAAAUAAAAUUACAAAAUGGAACAACUUAUCGGAAAGAAAUACAAAUUAAAAACAUCGGACAAUUUUGAUGAAUAUUUAAAAUAUAUUGGCGUUGGAUUCAUAUCUCGAAAAGCAGCAAAUUCCGUGUCACCGACUUGUGUGUUGACACAAAACGACGAUGGUUCAUACACGUUGGCUAUGCUGACUACAUUACGAAACAUUUAUACAACUUUUAAACUGGACGAAGAGUUCGAAGAGGAAAGGGCGGAUGGUACAAAGGUUAAAUCAACAAUAGUACUUGAAGGUAACAAAUUAAUACAGUCCCAAAUAGAACCGAAUGGAAGAAAAUCAACACACGUCAGGGAAUUCACACAGAAAACUUUAACAGUGACGUCAACUGCAGAAGGAUGGAACGGCCAAUGUGUCAGAGUCUACGAACUUGUUGAAUAACGCUACAUUUAUGGUUUAUUUAGAUUAUUUUUAAUUCUUUACUAUGGAGCAUUGUAAUAUAAGCUUUUUUAUAAGAAUGUAAUUAAAUAAUAAAGUAACAAGAUCUCA